CUUGUCCGGUCUUGACUUUGACUUGUUAUUCUCAAACACCGUGCAAUAUCGCAGUCAUUUCACACGAGGAAACCACCGUCUAUGGUGUUAUACCUGAAGCCUGAAAGAUGUCUCGUACCGAAGAGGUGCACCGUAUAACGGAAAAUGUCUACAAGUCCAUCAUGGAGCAGUUCAACCCCUGCCUCAGGAACUUCGUUUCCAUGGCCAAGACCUACGAGAAGGCGCUAUCCAGGGACGUCCUCUUUCAGAUGGCCGAAGUCCACCGGCAGAUCCAGAUCCAGCUGGAAGAGAUGCUGAGGUCCUUCCACAAUGAGCUGCUGACAGAACUGGAAAAGAAGGUGGAGUUGGAUGCACGCUAUCUGAAUGCGGCGCUGAAGAAGUACCAGAUGGAGCACAAGAGCAAAGGCGAGAGCCUGGAGAGGUGCCAAGCAGAGCUCAAGAAGCUGCGUCGCAAGAGCCAGGGGAGCAAGCACCCGUCCAAGUACGGAGACAAGGAGAUGCAGUGUGUGGAGAUGAUCAGUGGCAAGCAGAGCGAGAUGGACAGCUACGUGGCCGACGGCUACCGGGCGGCGCUGUCGGAGGAGCGGCGCAGGUACUGCUUCCUGGUGGACCGCCAGUGCGCCGUGGCCAAGAAUGCCAGCGCCUACCACAACAAGGGUAAGGAGCUGCUGUCUCAGAAGCUUCCGGUAUGGCAGCAGGCGUGUGCCGACCCCAGCAAGCUGCCCGAGCGCGCCAUGCUGCUGGCCCAGCAGAUGAGCUCCAGCAUGGGCACGAUGAGCAGCGCUGGCGGCACCCUCCACGGCUCCAAAGGAGGCCUGCACAUCUCCGACCCCAUCCCCGGGGCCAAGCCCCUGCCCGUGCCCGCCGAGCUAGCUGCCCUCAUGAACCAGCAGAGGGCGAUGGGCAUGGACGGCGUGCCCAUGGUGAAUGGCUCAACAGGUGCCCACGGCGGGGACGACUACCAGCACUGGAUGGAGAGCAAGGCCGCCCAGGCCAAGGGAGCCAGCCCGCAGGUCCACAGGCACGGGGCCGAGGUCUACUCCAACACCCUGCCCGCCCGCAAGGUGGUACCCACCAAGAGCAAGGCGACCAUCGCCGAGACUCAGACGCUGCCCAGGUCCAGUUCCAUGGCGGCGGGCCUGGAGCGCCAAGGGCGGACCCGUGUGCAGGCCAUCUACUCGCACGCGGCCGGGGACAACAGCACCCUGCUCAGCUUCAGCGAGGGAGACGUCAUCACCCUGCUGGUGCCGGAGGCCCGCGACGGCUGGCACUACGGAGAGAACGAGAAGAAUCGCAUGAGAGGAUGGUUCCCCUUCUCCUACACACGAGUCAUCGCGGAACCAGAGCCCGACACAGCCCGACACUUACAUGUCAGCCUGCAGCACGGCAGGAGCAGCAGCACAGGGAACCUUCUGGAGAGAGACGGCGUGGUGCUGCCGGUCAGCGACUACGGCAUGACGGCCCGCCUGAUGUCCCGCGGCUCCCAGCAGAGCAUGGCCCACAGCCGCCAGCAGCAGAGACCCUACAGCGUCGCAGUGCCCACCUACACACAGCAUCAAGGACUGGAAGACUACGAGCAUCGCUUCCCGACGAGUUCGGAGGUCAAAUUGAUUUCGACAGUGUGAGGACUAGGAAAGAGGGAAAGCAAGAGAGAGAGAGAGAGAAAGAGAACGAGAGACAGAGAGAGAACGAGAGAGACACACAAACAGAUUCAGAACACAACCCUGCGAUAGGACAUACCCUCCUCCACCCCCUUCCUCCUCGCCUCACCUCGCUUCUCCUCCUCCUACCCACCACCACCUCCUCCUCACCUCCCCAACCACUCAACCCAUCCCUCCACGCCGUUCUCUAUUCACUCCUUCCUCUGGUAGCCUCUCUCUCCCCCUCCCCACACGCUCCACCAACCCUCCACCAACCCUCCACCAACCCUUACCUGAUGCUCCUUCGCCUGGGCAAGCAAGCCAAGCCUCCCUCAGCCGGUGGGGGAAAAGCGGAACGUUCCGGGUUGAAACCAGAGCGCUGAACGCAAGAACCCGACAGCAGAACCCUCACGGUCCAGCAGAACUUUUGCCCGACUCGAGCGAGGACUGCUUUUUAAAAUAAAGUGAAAUAAAAAAAAUAAUUAAAAAAGAGACAAAAUAACUGGAAUGGAGCGGUUCCUGAGGAAUCAGUUUUUCUUUCCUGCUUGUCUUUCAUGCAUGUACUGUACAUGUUUGCACAGACAUGGCAAUGCCCUGACAUGGUCACUUUAAAAUAGCCAACGAGAACAAAGAUUGUAUAUAAGAAUGUAUUGUUUAUGUUGAUGCAAUAUGUCACAUGUUAUGAAAUGACUAAGUGUAUUGUUCUCUUAUGAAUUACUUUAUAAAUAUAUUUUUUUUAUAUAUGCAGCAUAUAUGGCAAAUAAUUAAUUCCAACAAUUCUUUAGAUAGAAGGUUGCACAUUACAGAGAGAAAAAUAAGCUUCAACAAGGCACCUGGUUUCCCCCCAUAGCUUGAUUAUUGCAUUGCAUAUUAUUGCAUUUGAUUAGUCCUAUAAUCAUUUUUUUUUUUUUUUUUGCUUCGGGUGACAGACAGUUGGGAGUAAGCCCUUAUUAUAACAAGAGGAGAAGAAUUUGACAUUUAAGUUUGUGGAUCAUGCAUGAAAGAAAAGACUCACAGAUCCUCAGGUGCCGUAGACAAACAUUCGGUUUAAACCCCGUUGCCAAAGCAACAGCUUCUUCUAUUCCACUGCACCCAUAAUGUUAUGAUUAGCAGAUGGAAUGCAGACUCGUGUUGUUCUUAUUGCCAGUCUACUGAUAUUGAGGACCACAGAACUCUGAACUACUGUAUAAUGCUAUAGAACUUUACAUUACACAUACGAGUACAGAGAUUUUGAAACACACUUCAUGGUGCAAUACUAAUUAAACAGUUCUCAGUGUAACUUUAGCAUUCAGAUUUUUCAAGUAUUCUAUCUGUUGUACAUAAUAAUAUCGGUUGUAAAUAACAUACAGUAUUUGAGUGGAUUGCUACCCUUGGACCAUUUGAGCAUACAUUUAUGCCAACAGUGGUCCAUUUAUGUAAUUUCAUGACGAAACAACUUGUAGUAACAGUGAUUGUUUUUCCUUUUUGGUUCAGUAGCCCUUGCGGGGCACAAUAAUAUAUCAACUGUAGAUUGCUUACAUUACAGAAAUCACAUAGACAAUGUACAUAAACCAGUGGCAAUAAUAAAAUAAAUUGGACCAAAUUUUUUCAUUCACUCGGUGAGAGUGACUUUUUAUUUUUUAUUUAUUUAUUUUUUUUAUAUUUGCAAUAUGUGAUGAGGGAUAUGUUGAUUUUCUGGUGACAGUCAGUGCUUAACCAAUCAGAGUGCAGCCCAGGACAUCAAAGAGGCCUGUCCCAAGCCCCAUCCACCUACCCUCACCAGUAACCCCGCCCCCCUGCCUUCCCCAACCUUUCUGAUGUUCCUGAAUCGCAGGCAUUACUUGCACACACACACACACACACACACACUAGUCCCUGUUUCGAAAGGAAUGGCAUAACAAUAUAGAAACCAGAACCCUUCAAAAAGGUCUCGAAUGUUUUCACUUCUCUACGUGUGUGUCUCUCUCUCUCUCUCUCUCUUUCUCUCUCAGUCUGUCUGUGCAUUUGUGCAAAUGCAAAUGGUAUGAGAGAUGUAUGUGUGUGAGAGUGCAUAUGUAUGACUGACCCAAAGAAUUCCCUCUCCCAUACCAAAACCCUCUAUUUCUUUGUUUCGAUGAAUUCAGAGACAAAAGCAAAGCGUCCACGACUGGGAGCUGUCAAUGUUUCUUCUUUCUCCAUUAAAAAUGUAAAGCUCAAAGGUAACGCCAGGCCCUGUCCACAUGGCUCACUGCUGCCCCCCCACCCCACCCCCUUCUCAUUUAUUUUUGGGAAUGCACACCUUCUCUCUGUUGUAAAGGUCUUGACAAUGUACAUAAUAACAACGGCAACAAUAAUAAUAUGACUUGAUUAUUAUUAUUAUGAUUACUGCUAUCAAAUGCAUGUGUCAGACACAAGUGUAACACUGUACAAUGAUGACUGCAAAAACAUGUAUGGUGACUUUCUACUUCUGAAAAGUGAAAUAAAUCUUU